AAUAUGUGCUUAAAGUGUUGCAAAUUGUUGAACAAAUAAAUAGUUAAAUAAAUUUAUUUAAAAGUGUAACGCAAAGUGUGCAGAAAGUCGAAACGGCGGCAGCAUGUAAAAGGUGAAAAGAAAAUGAAAUUUUCGCAGCAGUGCCGACGGUAAACAGGAUAUCAGAGGAAGGACGAGCAGGAGGAGGAGCAGCAUUGAGAGACAGAGUGAGGCUUCGAGGUUGAGCUUGCGUCUAGACUUUGGCACUGGCAACGCAAUUUGUGGCGCCUGUGGGCAGCAAGCGUCUGGCUACGCUAGUGCCACGAUCGGCAUAUUUUGCCACGCCCACGCCCAUACAACCCGAGUUACAAAUGCUUGACAGCAAUAUGGAUCGCAGCAAGAAUAAUAGCGCCGAGUUUGCUCACAAUGUGGCUGCCACAAGUGCGGCCAGCACCACGGCCACGCCCUGGGGCAACAACAAGGAGUCGCCGAAUAAUGAGGAUGACUCCAAUGAGGAUGAUGGCGACAAUGCCACGCCCGCCAAAGUCACCGAUCCGCUGGCGCCGCGUUUAACCAACAAUGAGCGCGUCCUGGUUGUUUCGGUUACCGAACGCCCACGUGAAACUUGGGGCCAGAAAGCCGAGUUUUUGCUGGCCGUCAUUGGCUUUGCCGUCGAUCUGGGCAAUGUCUGGCGAUUUCCCUAUAUAUGCUAUCAGAAUGGCGGCGGCGCCUUUCUGGUGCCAUAUUGCAUAUUUUUAAUCUUUGGCGGUCUGCCGCUCUUCUACAUGGAGCUGGCCUUAGGACAGUUUCAUCGCUGCGGCUGUCUUAGUAUUUGGAAGCGCAUUUGUCCUGCACUCAAGGGUGUUGGCUAUGCAAUUUGUCUGAUCGACAUCUAUAUGGGCAUGUACUAUAAUACGAUAAUAGGCUGGGCUGUCUACUAUCUGUUCGCCUCGUUUACCUCAAAGCUGCCUUGGACGUCCUGCGACAAUCCUUGGAACACACAAAACUGCAUGCCAGUGACCAGCGAGAACUUUACACAGUUGGCCACAACGCCGGCCAAAGAGUUCUUUGAACGCAAAGUGUUGGAGAGCUACAAGAGCGAUGGGCUGGACUUUAUGGGCCCGGUUAAGCCCGAGCUGGCGCUUUGUGUCUUUGGCGUUUUCGUGCUCGUUUACUUCUCGCUGUGGAAGGGCGUGAGGAGUGCGGGCAAAGUGGUGUGGGUCACUGCGCUGGCGCCGUAUGUGGUGCUCAUUAUUUUGCUGGUGCGUGGCGUCUCCUUGCCAGGCGCUGAUGAGGGCAUCAAGUAUUAUCUAACACCCGAGUGGCAUAAGCUGAAGAACUCCAAGGUUUGGAUCGAUGCCGCAUCGCAGAUCUUUUUCUCACUGGGUCCGGGCUUUGGCACGCUGCUGGCGCUCUCCAGUUAUAACAAAUUUAAUAACAAUUGUUAUCGCGAUGCGCUCAUCACCAGCAGCAUCAAUUGUUUGACCAGCUUCCUGGCUGGCUUUGUCAUCUUCAGUGUGCUGGGCUACAUGGCCUUUGUGCAGAAAACUUCAAUUGACAAAGUCGGCCUCGAAGGUCCUGGCUUGGUGUUUAUUGUUUAUCCCGAGGCUAUAGCCACAAUGAGUGGCUCCGUAUUUUGGAGCAUUAUAUUCUUUUUAAUGCUCAUCACUUUGGGUCUGGAUAGCACCUUUGGAGGCCUCGAGGCCAUGAUAACAGCUCUGUGUGAUGAAUAUCCUCGCGCUAUUGGCCGACGACGUGAGCUAUUUGUCCUGCUCCUGCUUGCGUUUAUCUUUCUAUGCGCGUUGCCUACAAUGACCUAUGGCGGUGUGGUCUUGGUAAACUUUUUAAAUGUCUAUGGACCUGGCCUGGCCAUACUCUUUGUUGUAUUUGUGGAGGCAGCUGGCGUGUUUUGGUUCUAUGGCGUUGAUCGAUUUAGCGCGGAUGUGGAGCAGAUGCUGGGCCAGAAGCCUGGCCUCUUUUGGCGCAUCUGCUGGACGUACAUAAGUCCAGUAUUUUUAUUGACCAUAUUUAUAUUUUCGAUAUUGGGCUACAAGGAAAUGCUGGGCGAGGAGUUCUACUAUCCACCUUGGAGCAUACAGGUGGGCUGGGCGGUCACCUGCUCGUCGGUGAUGUGUAUACCCGCGUAUAUGGUAUACAAAUACUUUUUCGCCUCGAAGGGCAAUUGCAAGCAGCGACUGCAGGAGUCGUUCAAGCCGGAUGCGAGCUGUGGUUCGGUGGUGCCGGGUCAGCAGGGCACUACGGUGUGACAUGACAAUGUGAUGCAUAUGAAUAUACACACCAGCAAGACCAGCAUUCAAAUUUAUAAUCUCAAUUGUAAAAGCUUAUCACCAACAACUAAAACCGAAGUAGACAACAACACAAAGUUGUUUGAUUUCAACAGUUACUACGCUUAUCACACAAAUAAUCUUAGCUAUGCGGAGGAGCAGGAUAAUGAUAACGAUAAUGAUGAGGAGGAGGAGUUACCAAAUUUACGGAAUGGCAAUGAUAUUAUUACAUAUAGUGCUAAUGCUAGUCUUAGGCAAAUGCAUAAGCAUAGUUUAAGUCUCGGCUCGGUCUCAAACAACGACAGAUGCUACACUGGUACCGGAACAACAACAACAACAACAACAACAACUGCUGCCGAGGACAAUAACUGCGCUUUAAGGAUCAGCAGCUGCAAGCCGCUCAAGUUUCCACUGGCCAGUGAGUGGUUGGUUUAAAAACAAAACAAACGACAUAUAAAUUUGAAAACUUUGCAAACAGCCAUUUGCAUUGUUUUCAUUAGCAUACAAUUUUCUAAUUGCUUAU